AUGCCUUACAUCCGAAAAUUCACUAGAGUCACCAAUCAGAUACCUCUGAAUGAAUUUGAGGUCCUUGCCCUUGAAACUCAUCUGGAUGACUGGAACUCUGCUACAGGCGCAGUGCGCAAGAAUGUGUUGAUGGAGGUAACGGAGCAUGUACAACCUCUUGCACCUCAUAUGCAUCAAUGGAGAUUGAAACAGCAGAAAUGGUUAUACCUGGAAUGGUUUUAUAGCAAUGCCUCUGGCCGAAAAAUUAUAUGCAAGGAUAUUCGUCGAGGACCUGUGGCAAUGAGUUCGGUCACUUGGAAAAGUAGCUUGAAGUGGGUUGUAAAGAGGAUGUCACAGACCGAUGUAAGACCUAUGGUCUUUGCGGCCUCGUAUAGGCCUUUUUGUGUUAUCCCUCUGGUUCUAAUUGCACGCGCAUAUCUUAUAUCGUCGGCCAACGUCCGCGGCUCUCGCGCGCGCUUUGGCUAG